AUGACAUGGGAGGACAUCGAAGAGGAAGGUGAGCAUUCGGCCUCGCGAGAAGCUGAGGGAGGCAAAACGCAGAGAGGAGACCCGGCAGCGGAAAGAGGGGAGAACACGAAGGCCUCGCAUGGCGCUGAGGAAAUAAGGUUUUCGGCCUCGCAAUGCGCUGAGGGUCACAGAGGCAAACAAAAGACCAAGAGGCGUAACGCGACACCAAAAGAGCCACCAAAGGAACUGCCACAGGAGUGGCACAUGCUAUGCCAAGUGGUGGGUCAAUAUGAUGCUCCCAGUGAGGCUACCGCACUCGAAGCCAUUGAAAAACUGGAAGAGCAAGAUCUAAACCCGCUGCAACAACGAGCAUGCCACGAAGUGCUCCGUUCCUUUGUGGAGAAGGAUGCACAAUAUGCCAAAUGGAUCCUGGAAGACGUGGCCAGGGGGUAUCGCCAAGGGGAUACGGCCGCAUGUAUCAGGAUUACGGCGGCUAACAUCACCAGCUGGAGAAAACCCAUUGCGGCAUGGAUACACGAGCUAGGACCGGACCUGGUGGUGCUGCAGGAAACCCAUCUCAGGACAGAGGGUAUCCAGCAAGCCAUGAGCCAUUGCCAGGAUAUGGGAUCUACCUUCAUUGGCAUGCCUGGCAGUACAAAAAUUAAGGGUGUGCAAGGAGGCCUGGCAGUGGCGGCACCCCGACACAGGAACCUGCGAUACCUUGCUGAGUUUGGUUCAGGACCCGCGGGCUUCCUGGCAUGUGCCAUGCGAAACAAAGGCUGGGAUUUGAUCAUCGUCAGCCUGUAUUUGGAGAGCGGAGUCGGAUUCCAGGCUCCAAACAAUGUCCAGGUACUGGCGAGACUGAUAGCCUUCCUCAAAGGCUGCAAAGUGCCAUACAUGGUGUUAGGAGAUUGGAAUGAAACCCAGGAUACCAUGAGGGGCACAACUAUGGCGACAGAAGUUGGUGGUGCAUUUGUUGGAGUGGGGGAACCAACGGCCCAAGGAUCGGACGAAAUCGAUUACGGGCUGGUUGCGAAAUGCUUGGUGCCCAUCCUGCAAGUGAAAACGGAUUGGGAAACCCCUUUUCGGCCUCAUGCUGCGAUGCAUUGGAGGGUAGCCCAACCGUGCAGUAGCCCUGAUGUUCCCCAGAUGAAGAAGGCGGGAGCACUGGUGACGGAGACUGUGGAAUACGAACCAGUUCAAAACACAAAGACCAUCAACAUCUUGGAUGAACCCAAGAUGGAAGAUGAGCUCAGUGAGACAUUCGCUCACCUGAGUGCCGGUGUGGAGAGGUCGAUCACAGGCCGAAUCGACGGUAUGGGUGUUAAAUCGGAGAUUGUCCGGAAGAAGUUGGUGGUCAACAACCCGGAGAACGUUGUCUGGACAGGCAAGAGGGCGGCCUUUUGGAACCGGGUCCAACAAUGGGUCAAACAAGGCAGACAUCAUGGCGAUGCGCACCCGGUGGCGCGUCUGGUCCAACGCAGGCUCGGCGAGUAUUACGAGGGUGAUGCGCAGAACCAGGAGGAUAUGCUCGUGAGUAUCCUGGGCCGGGGUACGGACGCUAGACUUGUUCUGAAGCGCAUCGACGAACAGCAAUGCUACGCGAGAAAGGCGGAUAUGGAGGAGACAGCCCACCAGUACAAGCAAUGGCUCAGCAAGGCCAUGGAAAAGGGCAUGCGACCAUUAUACAAUGCCUUGCGAAAAGAAGAACAAGUGGUACAAAGACCCUACAUGGAAUAUGACAUGCUGGAACGGCCACACAUUCGCCGAGACCACUGGGCGGCAGUGUGGACGAAGGGCCAGCCGUUGGCAAAAUCGGCCUCGCUCAUGACGGAGCUUGAGGAUGCAGCCAAAAAACAAGCGGCCAGCGUGGAGCCGCUGAACACUGUAGAGGUCAAGGCAAGGAUCAAAAAACUGGCACUAAAGAGCCCGGGGCCGGAUGGCUGGAGGAUUGACCAUUUGCAGGCCAUGGACGACAAAGCAGUUGAAGCCGUUGUGUCCUUCUACCAUGAAUGUGAGGCCAAGGCAGCAUGGCCGCAGCAAAUGACAGUCUCCCUUAUAGCAAUGCUGCCGAAGAAUCUGACCCGGGAAAGACCAAUCGCCUUGCUACACAUCCUGUACAGGACCUGGGUCCGUUUGCGAUGGGAUUUGGUAAGUACUUGGCAGGCAGGCUAUGCCAAAAAUGCCACGUACGACAAGGCAGUCCCAGGCAGUUGCUGCUUGGACGUGGCCGUAGGCAGACUGCUGCGAAAUGAGGUGGCGAAGACAAAUGGUGUGCAUGUGGUGUCACUCUUUGUGGACCUUGAGUCCUUUUUCGAUACCAUCCAAUUUCAGCAACUGAUCACGGCAGCAACGGCCCUGCAAUAUCCACCGCUAAUCCUGAAGAUGGCACUGGAAGUGUACAUGGGUGCCAGAUAUUUGGUGGCGGAUGGGGUGCUAUCGGCAGGCAUCAGAGCUACGAAUGGCGUGCAAGCGGGUUGCCCAGCGGCGCCAUCGUUGGCAAAGGUGGCAUUGCACCCGGUGAUUGAUAAGAUCCAAAGGCGAAGAGAUGUGACAAAUGUGGAUUGUUGGUUGGAUGAUGUCUCAAUUGACAUCCAGCAUAAAUCCUUUAAACAAGCGGCGGAUAGUGCGAUACGAGUCUACCGCAGCUUAAAGGACGGGAUGGACGCCAAUGGUUUCACGAUUUCAUCCAAGAAGACAGGGUUUGUAGCCAGCAGUACCCAGGCGAGCAAGCACCUGCGAGGACUACUGUUACCGCAUGAGCCGCAAGUGUACGACGUGAUGCGUGACUUGGGCGUCGACAGUACAGGUGGGAGAAAGCGUCGCUUGGUGACGUCGGCCACGCGGGCGAAAAAAGCACACGCACGACAAAGCAAGCUGUCCAGGCUGGGGCCGCCGCCCAGCACUAAACUCCGCGUGGUUAAGGCUGCGAUCACAUCCGUGGCUCUGUGGGGGCACCCAUCAGUGGGGGUAUCACCCAAAAGAAUGAAAUGGCUCCGUACAGUGGUUGGAAAACACCUGGGCAAAUACAAGCUUGGUAGUUUGGAAACCAUUUUGGACAUGGGAGCCAAGAAAUGCCAGGAUCCGAAGAGCACAAUCCACAAGCAGCAUUUCAAGGUGGUGGCUAAAGUUUUCCGUGCAUGGAUUGGUGGCGGAAAAGCCCACUUUGACUUGGCCUGGAAAACCACUUGGAAGAGGUUGAGUGCGGCCAAACACCACUGGCCACUGGUCACGGGACCGAUGGCAGCAACCAUGGCGUACUUAAUGGAUCUGAAGGUGGAUGCCAGUGACCCAGGCAAAUGGAAGAGAGGAAGUGUCCUCAACGUUGAUUGGACCCAGCCACGCAUGGGUAGCCUCGCCUACAAAUGGCUUGAGGGAUUCCUGGAGGAACAGAAACGGGCUGCAAUAGCGCGACAGGCAGGUGGCGCUGGUGCCCAAGAGGGGCUGGAUUGGACGCCGCAUCACAAGCUGACGAAGCUGGGAGGCCUAAGCCCAGGCCUUAUGGAAGGUAUAAAGUCAGUGUGGCACGCGGGCGUCAUCACGGAGUCCAAGCCUGGAUGGUGCAAGAAGUGCCAAAUGCCAGCAACUCUGGAGCAUGUCCUCAAAGAAUGUCCUUACUGGCGUGAACAAGGGUUCAAAGAACCCAAGCUCCAGGAAUACUUGCGCCACAAAUACCCAUGGGAGUGUCUGUGGACAAGGGCACUCCUGCCAAAGCCGGCGGUGUGGCACCCGAAGCCGCCGGAACACCUUUUAGGUCUGCGCUACCAAGGAUGCUUCGCAGCAGAUGCAAAAGUGGAAGCGGAAGGCUUGAUCUUCGCCACUGACGCAAGUGGAGGUCCAGGAGGAAUAGACCCACGUGUACAAACAUCAGCCCUCGCAGUGGUGGCUAUGUCCUGGACAAAAGGUGUGCUGGUGGAAGUCGGACGGAUUACAGAGCUGGUCUACCCGUGGCAGCCGGUGGUGGACAUGGAGCGCCGUGCACUUUUCCGACUAAUGGAGCACACGGAGGAUCUGAUUGAUGUCACUAUGGAUUGCAAGCCGGCAGUCCAAGCGCUACAAAAAACACAACCGCCGGAGGAUGACCUGGAAUGGAGCAAAGUGUGGAAUGACAGGAAACGUAUCAAGGCAACAUGGGUCCCGUCCCACAAAACUGAAGAGGAAUUCCUGGCGAAGAUGGGGCCGGGCACGUUGUGGCGACGUGCAGCGAAUGACAUGGCAGACAAAGUAUGUGGAGCAGUGGCGGCGGCUGCUUACAGCCCAGCGCACAAGAGGCGUGUCAAAGAGUUGGACAAUGUGGUGCGCACACUUUCCCUGGCGUACGGUGCACGCGCAGCCCACAUAUUGCGGAAGCGCAAAGAAGAAGACUUCCCCUUCAUCCUGGACCAUGCGCAUUACAAAGAGAAGAUGGAAGUGGUAUUGGAGCAGUACUGCGUCAACCAGCCGGAGGCGCGUGUGCGGGAAGAGUGGGGAAUCGGCCGGACAAAGGCAAAGGCAAAGGCAAGCACAAGCAGCAGGAUGAGCCCAUGCGAGACCGUUCCCCGCUUCGACAGGCCAGACACCCGGAACAGACUUGGGAUAGGGACGAGGCGAGUGCUUCGGAACCUCCUGCGGGUCCGGUACGCCUACGGGAGAGAGGAGAAGAAAGUGCGGCCUCGCACCAAGCUGAGGGUGUUGAUGAAGAGGAAGACGAAAGCCAGCCUCGUACAGUCACGCUGGCAGAAGGACCAGGAGCUGGGCGUACUCGAAGAGGAUAUGCUCUGGAUCGGCUGUGGGACCCUGUGGGCAGGAUGGAUUAAAGUCCUUUUCGACGAGGCGGUGGAGGGCCACUACCACCACUACUUUUAUGGAAGUAUCAUCCGCAGAGCAGAACUGUUCAACCCAUGGUGGCAGGAACAUCGUCAAGAAGCCGGGGUCCUCAGACAGUCCCUGUUUUACCUGGUGGCUAUAACGUCAUGGCUGACCAUGCAAGGGGUUGCUCUAUCGGAUAUCACGGUGAGCAACGUUGGGCGCGACCCGAUGUCAGGAUCGCUACCACGGGCAGUGUUCUUUGACACGGCUGAGUGGUCGACGCUGCAGGAGGAGAAAUACAAGCUAUCAUGCGGCCUCGUACGCAUCCUGGAGAAAUAUGACGAGGAGCUACUGGCAACCAUACGUGGAUUGGUCAGAACGUACGACGGAGAGAUCCAGAAAAUCACGUUGGGCAUGCCGUAUGACGAAGCGGAUGAGUGA